CGGCGAGGUAUUAUCGCACAUGAAGGCAAUAAUAAGAUUUGAAAUUUGCAUGUAGAGAAAUGAAAGAUGAAUGAUGAAGCCACUAUAAUCUACCUGUCAUGGGGAGAGGGAGAGGGAGAGGGAGAGGGAGAGGGUCAAGAUCAGGCAAUUUGCACUCGAGAUCAUUAGCUCACACAAUGAGUGCCACAUGGGAUAGAUUGGAGGCUAUCUGUUUUGUCUACGUAAGUCUUUAUGAUUUGCUCUACCUCUACAUCCAUCCUUUUAAUUUCCACUAGAAUUGAAAAUUGUCUCUGCAUCCUGCCAAAUUUGCAUGAGAAACACAGCUUUUCUCCAUGUGCCUGUCGCGGAUACUUCUAAUUGGCUAUCUUGUCUUUCUGUUCUCAUCUGACCCCUUGAGCUUUAGAAAGACAUUUCUCUUCCUCUUUCUUUUGUGUUGAAUUUGAACAAAUUUUUGUUUGUAUACUACAAAAUUACGCAUCCUUUUCUUCAUUUAAUAGCAUGCGCCAGCAGGCAAAGGGAAGAAGGUUUGGUUAGUUCCUUAAACAUGGAAGAAAGCUGCUCAACAGUCAACCCAACAACUCUUAUUGGUUGCAAGUAACUUCACUCAAGACCUUCUAAAUUUUAAGAAGGUUAAUAAAUUUUAGGUUAUUUUCUGAAAUGUAAACUUCUUAUAUUAAGCUCCAGCUAAGCAAAACCAAGAAGUCUAUGAAUUCUAUCUUCAUGUUAGUUUCCCUCUAAAUUUUGGCCUAGCACUUCAAUGGGUAUCUUUUCCGUCUACUAUUAGAAUAGGAACAGUUGCCUCGCUUAAAGAAGACAAGAUAAGAGUUUCGAGGCAUUCAUAUAUUUUUAAUCAAUAACUGGCAUGCUAAAUGGUUGAUUUAAACGGGUUGGUUAAUUUGGCGCGCAAUGCACAAGGAAAUGAAAUCUUCUAAUAUCGAAUGAUCACCAAGCUCUCAUGGCGUCGGCUGAGAAUUUAUCAAUUCUCACACCUCCACCGGCCUCCUUCUCUUCGUUCCUUCUCCAUUCAACAAAAUCCCGCCUCUGCUCAACAAUCUUCUUACAUGCAACUCUCCCACAACUUCUACAAAGCAAUGCAAGAAUGUGCGUCAAUACCCAUCGCUCGAAAACUUCAUGCGCAGCUUAUCCCUUCAGGAUUAUACUUUUCCGUUUUCCUUCAGAACCAUCUUUUGAAUAUGUACUUCAAUUUUGGUUUAAUAGAUGAUGCUUUGCGGGUUUUUGCUGAGAUGGGGUUUCGCAAUGUUGUUACAUACAACAUGAUUAUUAGUGGGUUGUGUAGUGCGGUUCGAAUAGGAGAUGCGAAGAAGUUGUUUGAUGAAAUGCCUGAUAGAGACUCUGUUUCUUGGAACUCUAUGAUGUCGGGUUAUUUCCGAAAUGGGAGGCCUGAGGAGGCUCUAAGGGUUUUUAUUUCGCUGAUUCGAGAUUGUGCAAGUAUCACGAAUUUGCUGUCAUUCUCUUGUGCCAUGAAGGCUUGUGGUGCUCUUGGUUAUAUCAAAUUGGCUUUUCAGUUGCAUGGGCUUUUGGAGAAAAUUGAUUUUGGCAGUGAUACAUCAAUUGAAACGUCUGUUCUGGAUAUGUAUGUUAAGUGUGAUGCGGUGAGAUAUGCAGAGCUAGUGUUUUUGAGGAUCCCGAAUCCAAAUUUGUUUUGCUUUAAUAGUAUGAUUUACGGUUAUUCCAAAUUUUAUGGGGUUGGAAGGGCUCUUGACUUGUUCAACCAAAUGCCAGAACGUGACAGUGUAUCUUGGAACACAAUGAUUUCAAUCUUGUCUCAGCACGGAUUUUGUGUUCCAACUCUUAGUAUGUUUGUUGAGAUGUGGACUCAAGGUUUUAGACCCAAUUCCAUGACAUAUGCUUGCGUCCUUAGUACAUGUGCAAGCUUUUGUGAACUGGAAUGGGGUACUCAUUUGCAUGCUCGAAUUGUUCGAACAGAAAGCGUUCUUGAUGUUUAUGUGAGUAAUGGUCUGAUUGAUAUGUAUGCAAAAUGUGGAAAUUUAGAGUUUGCUAGGCAAGCAUUGAACAGUUUAACAGAGCAUAAUUCAGUUACAUGGACUUCUUUGAUUGGAGGAGUUGCACAGUGUGGGCUUGAAGAAGAAGCACUAAUACUAUUUAACCAAAUGAGAAAGGUUCCUGUUGCCUUGGAUGAGUUUACUCUUACCACAGUUCUGAAGGUUUGUUCAUAUCCAAACAAUAUUUCUGUUGGCGGACAACUUCAUGCACUUACAAUUAAGACCGGAAUGGAUUCCUUUGUUUCAAUGGGGAAUGCUCUUAUUAAAAUGUACUCAAAAUGUGGUGAUUCUCAGAAGGCAAAUUACGCAUUUGAAAUGAUGCCAGUCAGUAAUAUAAUAUCCUGGACAUCUAUGAUCACUGCAUUCUCUCAAGUGGGUGAUGUUGAAAAAGCACAGGCUUGUUUUGAUAAAAUGCUAGAGCGGAAUGUCAUAACCUGGAACUCCAUGAUAAGUAUGUAUAUUCAAAAUGGAUUUUGGGAAUGUGGUCUCAAAUUUUAUUUACAGAUGCACAAGGAAUGUGUUAUGCCAGAUGACAUUACUUUUGCAACUUCAAUAAGUGCCUGUGCUGAUUUAGCAAUGUUAAAAGUUGGAAUCCAAAUCAUAGCUCAUGCGGAGAAAUUUGGGUUUGGUUCUGAUGUUUCUGUUGCAAAUAGUGUUGUUACAAUGUAUUCAAGAUGUGGACAAAUUGAAGAUGCACGAAAAGUUUUUGAUUCCAUAAGUAUGAAAGAUUUGGUUUCUUGGAAUUCAAUGAUGGCUGGAUAUGCUCAAAAUGGUCAAGGUAGGAUUGUGAUAGAGAUUUUCAAGAAUAUGUUAAAGAUGGAAUAUACACCUGAUUCUAUAAGCUACAUAUCUGUUUUAUCAGGUUGUAGCUAUUCAGGGCUAGUAACAGAAGGGAAACAUUACUUUGAGUCCAUGACUAGAGACUAUGGCAUCUUUCCAACGCAUGAACAUUUUGCAUGCAUGGUAGACCUACUUGGCCGGGCUGGGCUGCUAGAGCAGGCUAAAAGUUUGAUUUUUGAAAUGCCUUUUAAGCCGAAUGCUGAUGUUUGGGGAGCACUGCUCAGCGCUUGCAAGAUACAUUGCAACCCAAAAUUAGCAGAAUUUGCAGUAAGGAACUUGCUUGAAUUGAAUGUAGAUAAAUCUGGAAUUUAUAUACUUCUAGCACAUGUAUAUUCAGAGUGUGGCAAAUUAGAAGGUGUUGCAGAUGUGAGAAAACUGAUGAGAGAGAAAGGGAUCCAGGGCAAUCCUGGUUGUAGCUGGAUAGAAAUUAAUAACAGGGUACAUGUAUUUACUGUCGAUGAGGCCAAUCACCCUCAAAUCAAGGACAUUUAUGCGAUUUUAGGUGACAUUCAUGAUAAGAUGGAAGUUACAAGAAGCUAUUAGUACAAUUAGUUCUA